AUGGCAUUUAUGCUAACAACUAUCUAUUACUAUUUGAGGAGGAUCCAGGUGUUUCCGUUGAGGGACAAGUUUGAUGCUAUUGUUAGAAUCAUGCAAAUGAUGAUCAAAAUGGUGACUGGUAAGACAAUUGAACAUGUGCAAACCAAUAGUAGCAUGGAGUUUGGCUUGGAGCUAUUGAACGAACAUCGCUUGGAGGAGGUUAUAAUGAGACAUCACACUAGUGCCAUUGAACUACCACAGAUAGAGAAGGUUGCCGCUGAGAAGUCUUGUGGAAUUGCUAAAGUACAUGUGGAGUUUGCGUUCAAUCAAGCGUGUGGCAGCGAACAAAAGAGUCCAAGUUCGUGCAGCCCUGUUCGCGUAAAUGACAUCCUGGUGAAGAUCCGCGAGUCUUUCUGUAACAGAAGUAGGAAAAAUAUUUCUGAUAAGAGAUUCAAAAGAGAGAAAGGGUGGGAGACAUACACAAAGAAAAAAAAAAUGUGCAGGCCACAUGACAUUCAUGUGUUAGUCUUAACAUAUGCAAUACAAGGCCACAUUAACCCGAUGCUCCAAUUUUCCAGACGCUUAGCUUCAAAGGGUCUCAAAAUCACAUUCAUAAUCCCCAUCUCCACCAAGAAUUCCCUCAAUUUGGUGAAUUCAAGCUCCAUCAAUGUCGUGUACAUUGCCGACGGAUUUGACGACGUCGAAAGGGAGAAACUAAGCUUCGACGACUCUCUUGAACACUAUCGAGUCUCGGUUGUGCACAGCUUGAAUGAUUUCAUCCAGAAACAUCAAUCUCGCGAAGAGAAGCCCGCCAAAGUACUUGUCUACGAUUCCUUCAUGUUUUGGGCUUUGGACAUAGCAAUACAACACGGCAUGCAUGGAGCUCCGUUCUUCACGCAGUCAUGCGUCGUUAGUUGUAUUUAUUACAUGAUUCACCAAGGAACGGUCAAGCUCCCAUUGGAAGCUGCACACGGACAAGGGCAUGUUGUCUCUGAUCCUCCGGUGAUGUCAGUUUUAGGGCCAGAUGAUUUCCCUUCGUUUGUUGUUGACGUCAAUUCAUAUCCCGCCGCGCUCUCGGUCGUUCUCGGCCAAUUCUCCAAUUUUCGGAGAGCCAAGUGGCUCUUGUUCAAUUCUUUUGCUGAGCUCGAGGAGGAGAUCGUGAAAUGGAUGGAGAAUCAAUGGUCGAUUAUGACCAUAGGACCGACGAUCCCGUCUAUUUACUUGGACAAGAGACUCGAAGAUGACAAAGAUUACGGACUCAGCCUCUUCAAGCCCGAAGCAGAAGCUUGCCUCAAAUGGUUGGACUCGAAGCCACCCAAAUCUGUUCUUUACGUAUCAUUCGGAAGCUUGGCCUCCCUCGGAGAAGAUCAAAUGGAAGAAUUAGCGAACGGGCUCAAGAGAAUGAAGAGCAACUUUUUAUGGGUGGUGAGAGAAUCGGAAGAGAAGAAGCUCCCUUGCAAUUUCCUUCAAGAUGUGGGAAUCGAUGAUAAGGGUUUAGUGGUGAAGUGGUGCAAUCAACUCCAAGUGCUGAGUCAUGGCUCAGUUGGUUGCUUCAUGACACACUGCGGUUGGAACUCGACGCUUGAAGCGCUGAGCUUGGGUGUGCCCAUGCUGGUGAUGCCUCAGUGGACAGACCAGCCGACGAACGCCACGUUCAUCGUUGAGGUGUGGAAGGUCGGCCUUAGAGUUAGGGCUAACGAGCACAGGGUUGUGGCUGGAGAAGAAAUCCAAGGUUGCGUGAACGAUAUCAUGGAAGGAGAGAAGGGGGAAGAGAUCAGGAAAAACUCAUUGAGGUGGAAAGAGAUGGCUAGAGAAGCAGUAGAUGAAGGAGGUACUUCCGAUAAGUACAUCCAAGAAUUUGUGACAAACAUGGUUAAUUUGUAGACAUGAUGCAGAUACACUUAAUUAUGUGCAUAUGCAAUAAUGUAUGCAUCAAUUGUGGAGACAUGGUACUAGUGAAUAACAAAUUCCUUAAUCAAUGUACAUGAUCAUGUCCCUUGGACAAAUUAUAAGAUCAGCCGGAAUUCUCUUGACUUGUGAUUUACAUGAUUUAUUAGGGUAU